CUGCUGCUCUGUUCGUCUCGGAGAGACACUCGGUGGGGCGGCCCAGGCGCCGGUCCGGCGUUAGGUUACGCUAAUCUCAGCUGGCAGCCAUCACCAUCACAAUAGUACUCAUAAUCUCAUUGUUGAGGUCAAGGAUCCUGGAAAUUUCUCCUCAAGUUGCGUUCGAGAUCAGAGCACAACAUCUUCAUGAUUCUUAUGAUGACGGCUCCGAAGGUCCUACUGCUGUGUUGCUUCACUUUCAUCAUGGCAGGACUACUUCGCCUUCGCCGGUCGCGACGCUAUAUUCCUGUCGAUCCUAGCGGGAUAUCUUUCGCAGGAAAGACCGUGGUCCUGACCGGGGCAACAUCUGGACUGGGUUUUGAAGCGGCUCUCAAAAUCAUCAAUCUUGGCGUGGACAAGCUCAUCAUAGGCAGUCGCAACCUGCAAAAGGGCCAAGAGACCAAAACAGAGCUUGAGCGACGCACCAAUCGACCGGGGGUGGUGCAAGUAUGGCAUUUAGAAAUGAAUAGAUUUCAGAGCGUCAAGAGCUUUGCAGAGCGUGUGAAUGACGAAGUUGACCAGCUAGACAUUGCAAUUCUCAACGCAGGUCUAUGGAAUCGAGACUACACCGUGUCUCCGGAAGGAUGGGAAGAGACGUUGCAGGUCAACACUCUCUCGACAUCUCUUUUAGCAUCCCUUCUCCUUCCCAAACUGAGAAGUAGCUCGUCACCGACUCAGCCGACGCAUCUCACAGUUGUCUCCAGCCAACAAUUUGUUCGGGUGAAAGCGCAGAGCCUCCAAACAGAAGAGCCGUUACUCAAGCACCUGAACGAUCCCCGCCAUUUCAUCGGUCGCCGACAGUACGGGAUCUCCAAGCUUCUGCUGGAGUAUAUGGUCAAAAUGCUUGCGGGUAUGAUCCGCAGGGAGGACGGGACGGUGCCUGUGAUCAUUAAUACCGUAAGCCCUGGGUUUUGCGCCUCGUCACUCGGGCGGCAAUAUCGUAGAUUUUACGAACGAUGGCUGUCUUGGCUGGCGUAUAAACUCUUCGCGCGCACAGCUGAGCAAGGCAGCCGAUCCCUGGUAAGUGCGACCUAUCAAGGGGUGGAGUCCCAUGGUAAAUGUUGGAGGAACGAUGGUUAUCUAAAGUGAGUUUGCCUCGGGUCUCUCCGCGGUCAGAGCUGCUGGUUAACAAAGAACAGCGAAUCAAUGGCAUUAACGACAGGCGCAGAAGGACAACGGUUGCAGAACAUCGCUUGGAACGAGAUCGCGUCUAUUUUGAAU